UUUUGACAAUUAAAAGGUCUACCAAUAGCACAUUUUUAAAAUGUAUUGAAUAAAGAAAAUCCAGUUCGGUUUCAGAUAAUGAAACGAGAGAGCAAAUAUUGUUUGCUUACGAUCUCAUUACUUGUGGUGGCUGUACUGCAAAUCGUGUUUAUUACUAACUUCAGUUAUAGGUGGAACUAGUAUAUCUCUUAGUUAUAUUUACGUACCCAAAUUGCACAACUUUCUUUUCAAUCAGUAGUAAACUAUUUAUUUCAUAUAUAACAAUGUCAAAAAUGAUCGACAGAGACCGAUUUCCUAAUUAUCAAACUUAUAAAUUAGUAAUAGUCGGAGGUGGAGGUGUAGGAAAAUCUGCUAUAACUCUGCAAUUUAUCCAGAGUUAUUUUGUAACAGACUAUGAUCCUACUAUUGAAGAUUCUUAUACAAAGCAAUGUGUCAUAGAUGAUAUACCAGCCAAACUUGACAUUUUGGAUACUGCGGGUCAAGAGGAAUUUAGUGCAAUGAGGGAACAGUACAUGAGAUCGGGAGAGGGAUUUUUACUCGUAUUUUCAGUAACCGAAAGAUCUAGUUUUGAUGAAAUUUUCAAAUUUCAUAAGCAGAUAUUACGAGUUAAAGAUAGAGAUGAGUUUCCUAUGCUUAUGGUGGGCAAUAAGGUCGAUCUUGAACACCAAAGGGUUGUUUGGCAGGAAGAAGCCCAACAACUUGCUAGACAACUAAAAAUUCCUUAUAUCGAAUGUAGUGCGAAAAUGCGAAUGAAUGUCGAUAAUGCUUUUUACGAAUUAGUAAGAGUAGUUAGAAAAUUUCAGUUAUCAGAACGACCACCUUUAAAACCAAAUUACAUUAAGCGAAAUAAAAAGAAAUGUUGCCUCAUUUAAUUGCAUCACUAUAUUUAAUUUUGUCAUCACAUUUUAAAUUUGAUUUUAUACAAGGAUUACAAUUUUCAUCACAAUUUUAUAGGAGACAUAGGCAAAAAGUCAAAAAAUAUACCAAAACAUGUUUGUUUUAGAAUAAGUGAGUUUAUUUUGUAGGUCAGUCGAAAUAUUUAUUUCUUUAUAAAAUAAAGUUUUCUGAAAUUUUGGCAGUAAAUUAUAGAAUGUAUAUAAACUACAAAAUACCAAUAUGCCAAUCAAUAUUGAUUGGCAAUAUAAGCAAUUGCUCACUCAGUUUGUUAUCGUACAACUGAGUUAAUCAUAUUUUAUUUACUACUAUUUAAAGUUAUGAUUGUAUGUGAUAAUUGGUGAAAGAAUCAUUAAGAAAUACCAUGGGAGUAGAUUUCUCACAUAUUUUUUGGGAAUCAAAAUAGUUGUAGAUAAAAUAUUUUAUGUGCAUGAUAUAUUGUAUUACAUUGCCAAGUUUAUAGAUUGAUCUUGUAACUGCAAUACUGGAUGGUUUAAAUAAUACUACAUUUUCCUUAAUCAAAUCAAAUAUUUAUUAAAAAAUUCAUUUUUGGAAAUUACUUGAAUAUUUUUAAUGUCAGACAUAGUUUUCUUCUUUUUAAUGAACUUAACAUUGAAUUAAUUGAAUUGAAUGCCGUGGUUUGAUAGCAAUAAAUUGGCUGCUUUACAUUUUAACUAAAAACUUAUGCAUAUUAUUUUUUUUAAUAUGAAAACAUUGAUAUCAAUAAUUAUUUAUUGGUACUGAUUACAUAUUUAUCCUAAAAAAAAAAUAUCAAACUGGUAAUAGAUAAACUUAUGAAGAAGUCAUAGUCUAAGUCAUUGAUUCUCUACAUAAAAAGGGCCGGUGAAUUAUAUUUUCGAUGGUCGAAAAUAUGUUUUUAAAAAAAUUUAUUAAACUCAAAAUUAAUUUCACAAGUGAAUUAUCUAUAAUUCCUUCAUUGAAUGAACUAAAUUCAUUAAAAAGUUAUUUACAACAUUCAUAUUUAUAAUAAAAUAAAUGCUGACAAAGUGUUUAUGAUAUUUGAUCCUAUUGCAUUUUAUUUAAAGAAUCUUCUGGAAUUUUCUCCAUGUAACUCUUGAUUAGUAUUUUGAUUAAUAUAUUGAAAGUGCAUCAACUUUCUUAAAUAAAAUUUUCUAUUCAUUGCAAUGUAUUUAGAGCUGUUGAUGUAAAUUAGUGCAACUUGAAGGUUUAUUAUUUCAUCUAAUAGAGCUGAUUUGGACAUCUGCAAUUGUCCCUCGAAUUUCAGAGUUCUAAUGAACUACAUUAUCUGUGCUGGCUUCAAUGAGGUUAGUUCCUAUAGGUUUCUUUUUCGGUUUUCUCUUUCAAAACUCUUACUUGUAUUUUCCUUACUUACUUAUCUGCAAUCUCUUCUACCAUAGGUGUAGAGAUGAUAUUUCUUCUCCAUUUACUUCUAACGUUUGCUUUUUGUUUAACUCAUCUCCAGUUCAGUCCUCUUUUUGACAAGUUUUUUGCUAUUUCUUCAUUCCAUUUCCUUCUGGGUCUGCCUCUUUUCUUUAUGUUUGUUUUGGUUUCCCACCUGUUCUGUCCUAUUCAUCUCCGCUAUUUUUCCUCAUUAUUUUCAUUUCAAAUUUUGUUGUUUGUUGCUUCAAUUUUUGGUUAGCACCCAGAAUUUGCAACUAUAGAUCAGCAUUGAAAGUAGUACAUGUGUAAAUAUUGUCUUAUUUACCCUAUUGGCUACCUCUUCAUCAAUUCUUCCAUCUGGUCUUACUAUUUUCCCUAGAUAUUUCAGCCUAUUUUGGUUUGUUUGAUAUUUUCAUUACUUCUGUCUUUUGUAUGUUUAUCUGCAGUCCAUAUUGUUUCAUUUCAUUACUCCACUUCUGUAUUCUAUUUUGUAGCUCUUCUUUUGGGUUAGCGAAUAUUAGUAGGUCGAACGCAUAUAUUAGUUCGUUAUUGUAGAUUUGUCUCAAUAUGUUGUACCCUGUGUGUAUUUCUUAUCUUCUUUGUUCACUUCUUUAGCAAUUACAUCCAUGAAUAUAAGAAAAUAGAACGGGCUUAGAACGCCUCCUUGUCUCACUCCUCUAUAAGUUACAAAACUAACUUGUCGUAUUCUCUUACAACAUUACAAGCUACAUACUGAUAAAAUAAUCAUUUAGUGCAAAUAAUAAAUUAAUAUCUAAAUAUUUAAUUGAAAAUCGCAAAAAUUUCAAUUUUUUAACUACAUAAGAAAACGAUUCCCAUUGGUAUAAUAAAAGUUUAUAAACUAUCCAUACUAUUUUUUUCUCAAACCAUGCAAGGAUCCUAUUAUGAACAAGUCCCAUAUAAAGUUUCUAAUAUAGAUUGAAAUUUAUACUUUAAAAAUAGAUUCGCAUUAUCUUUCCUGAACUGACAUCAUUAGAAAGUUAGAAUAAAAAAAUUGGGUUCCCAUGUUUUUACUACAUAAAAUUACACGAAUGUUCCAUGUCAAUAAUAGUUAUAUGGAAGCCAUUCAUUAAAAUACUCUAGCCUUCUAUCAUAAAAUAACAGUAAAAUGGAAUUAAACGCGUUUAUAUUGGUUUCAUUUUCUAUUAUUAGCAAAUUGAUAUUAGUAUUACGGCCUUGUGAAAAAUAUGUUAUGUAAGAUGACCUAGUCCUAUAAAAAUUUUCAAACUAGACUACAACUUUUAUUCCAUCCAGUAGUGAAGGUAUUUUGGAGCGUAAUAAAUGUUUAUGCUUGUGUUGUAUAUAGUUUACUGCUUUAAUAUGAAAUUUGUAUUGUAGAAUUAUUUUAUGUUCUUAUUUUUUAAUCUAAUAAUAUAGAAAAUUGUUGGCAGCUACAACAUACAUAAAGUUUAAAUUAAUUGUUGAUAAUCAUAUCCAUGUACUAAAUUCUCAAUAUCCUGCUUUGAAAAUAAUUCAACCAAUACAAAGAAUAAAGUUUAUGAUUUUCAAUUAUCUAUUGUCUUCACUUAUAAUAAUACAAUUGCUAUUCUGUAAUUUUUUGGAAAAAUCUAGUGCAAUAGAUAAAAAACGUUUCAAAUGAGCGAUAUAUUUUUUUAUUUUAUUAAUGAAUGUAUUUGCAAGAAAUUCCAAAAUUCCUAGAAUGUUUUUUGUAUAAAUCUUUAAGGGCAGCACACGCUUCUAUUUAAACAAAAACUGAAAUGAUUAAGGAACAUUUUUGUCAGUUUUGUGACUAAAUCUUGAGUUUUUGUUUUUUUUGUUGUUAACAUGUCGAUAAUAGGUUACACUUCAUUAAUUACAAGCAUGCCGAUUUAUUGUACAUAUAAAUAAAUAUAAUAAAAAUAUAAAAAUUGUAAAAAGCAUCAAUUUUAUUUUUAUAUAAAUUAUAUUUUUCUAGAUGUUAGGCUAUUGCUAUCAUUAAAAUAUAGAAAAGACUAUAUGUGCAUCACUUGAAUUUUUCUGAUCUGAUGUCUUGUGAGUUCAUAUAUGUAGGUUUUGCCGGGGUGUAUUAGUAUAUCAAAAAUUGUGUCAUAAAAUUUAUUUUAGUUCUCCAGUCAAUCCUACUGUUGAACCAAGUAUAUUUUUGUAUUAUUUAGUAUAUGUAUAAAUUAUAAAAAAAGGGAAACGGUUUGAUCUAUUUUAAAAGAUUAUAGUUUAUACAUAUUUCAAACUUAACUUAAAGUAGGUUAAAUCAUUUCCCUAAUAAAAAUUUAUUUCUAUGGUAAUUGUAGAUCUCGACAAAAAUUUAAAAAUCUGUUACUAUCAAUAUAUAGAUAGUAUAUCGCAUUUUGCUAAUCUUUAAGUAUGGAAUACUCUAAAAUUAAAUUCUAUUUAUAAGGUGGUUCAAAAUUAUGUUCACCUAUUCUGCAAUUGAUGUAAAACUGAAAUAAUAUUAGAAUUGGAUUCUGACGGACGCUCAUCAAUUUUGGCAUUGUGCUCAAGCCCCAUGAAGAACAAUUCCUGAGUUGGAGUACAGGUUAUGGAGAAACCCACUUAGAGGGCUAAGCAAAGAAGCCUACAUAUAUAUUUCUCCUUGAUUUCAUUAUAAUAAUCCCACGUCCCUUUCCAGGAUAUCUUCUUAAAUACACCAGAAGGUGAGCGCAGUUGAAUAAUAUGUGGAGUGAAGUUUCUUCUCCACCGUUGCAUUUUGGACAUUGAGUAUCUUUCAUGAUCCCAUUGCCUUGAGGUGUUUUGUUGUAUACAGUGGCCAUUGACUCGAUGAUCAUUCUUAACUGAUUUUUUUCGAGUUGAAUGUGACUGUUCCCCAGUAACUUAAAUGGGCUUUGAUGUGUCGCAUGCCAGUGGUUUUCAACGACAAAUUUUGUAUGGUUUUUAUUAAGACAUAAAAUUUGAUAAAUAUGUGAAAAAUGUCCAUACUUAAGUUUAGACAAAACGUUCAAGUGACAAGAUAUGGCCAAAUAGAUUACAAAUGAAGUUUUUAUAAACAAUUAUAAUUUUGUUAUAAUUAUCUGAUUAAAGGAACAUCACUCAAUUAGGCUCUAUAUUUAGUGCAAAUUAUUUAUUUUUGGUGGCUUCUAUUGUAUCUAUAACGAUGAUUAUUGAGGAUUGUGGCAAGAAAAUACCAAAUUGUACUCUACACUAUAAUAUUUUAUCACCACAAUAAUCAUCUCUAUUAUGAAGUUAAGUUGAUCAAGAUUUACUUGUAAUGUAAUUCUUAUGGGAGAAAUCUUUGCUAACUAGUUAAUGUACGUUUUGUUGUCAGAUUGGGGCAAUAAAGACUCUUUUUAAUAUACAUCCCGAGCUUUUUAAUACUUGAGUAUUUAUCACCAGGGAAUUAAUUAUUCCAGAAUUGAUGGUUGAAAAUCAAUAUUUAAAUACAUAAGUAUUCGAAAGCUCAGAUAAAAAGAAUACACUUUGCUGUAUGAUUGUCACAAUCUCACAACUAAAACGAUCGUUAAAUUAAGAGAUUUCGUUUAUCAAAAUAUAAUGACAAAGACCGAAAUAAGUCGAAACGUCAAAUUUUACUUGUUUUAAUUCAAAAGAGACCUACAAUCAAGACGAUUUAUAAAAAAAAACAUAUAAAAAGUCUUGAGAAUUGAAAAUUUAUGUUUUGGUUGGUAAAUCGUCUUGAUUUGGCUCUGUAAAUUGAAAUUACUUUCCACGUUUCUUCCUAAUUUUGCUCUUCAUCAAAAUAUGAUGAAGAUUAAGUUCAAAGCUGGAGUUAAUGGUGACAUUUAUAAACGACACACCUUUUUCUACGGCAACACAAACACUCACAGUUACUCUUAUCUGGUCAAUCUGGUCAGAUAGAAGGUCAGACAGUUUAUUUAUGAGUGUUGGUGCCGAGACAAUAAACUGUGUUCAAAAAGAAAGGUUCGACCUCAUAUGUGCCCAUCAUUAUGAAAAUGGUCUAAGUUCUAUAGUUUUUAUAUAUUUAAUGAAUUGCAUUUUAAUAAAUUUAAUAGUUAGUUAUCUAACAAGUGUGUAAAGUACCCCUUUUUCGAAUUGAAAAAACACCUUCAGAUACAGAAGUUUAAUGUAAAUUUUUAUUACAAAUAUAUCAAGAUUAGAACAAAUUAAUAAAAUAACAGAUGAAUUAGUAUUAUUAAAUUUGUCAACUCUUCUUUUCGGCAUGUAUAAAUGCCUAUUACUACCUAAGUAGAAAAUUGAAAAGUGGCAUCAGCACGUGUUGAACCUGGGACCUCCAACAUAUGAGCUUCGUAGUCUAGCCACUACAUUACGGAGAUCUUAAUAAUACUAAUACCUUUUUUGUGUUUUUUUACGCACUAGUGCGUAAAGUAAAGUUUAACGCACUCGACAGUGUGUCUAAAGUACAUACUUUACGCACGGUAGUAGAAAGAAAUAUUUUGUGUGAAUUUCAAAUGAAAAUGUUUUUAAACCUUGAAUUGAAUUAGACCAUUUUCAAAAUUAACUGAAUGCCCUAUAAAUGACUUAAAGCAAUUUUAUUUAAAACAAUAACUGAUGAAAUAAUUUAUGUACAUUUAUUAAUUAUUAUUUUUAUCAUUUCGAGUUUUUAAGAUUCUUAAAAUCUUCCUAGAAAACUAAAGGGAUAUAUGGUAGUAAAGACAUAAUCUCUUUAUGUUUUUCUUCCGUUAUUGGUCUAGUGGUGGUGUAUAAAGGAAGUAAUUAAAUAUUUCCGUACAUUUUUUAUCUUCCUCUUUAAGGUGAAAGAUCCAGAACGUGGAAUUUCGAAUCAUCUAAACAAGUUUGAUAGAACAUUUUAUGAGGUUUAUUUUUCAAGAAUCUCAUCCUUUGAAUUUUUAACUCUUCUUGUUAAUGAUUCUUUUAGAGAUUUCGUUGAAAUAAAAUCUGGUGCGACAUUCGUUUUAUCAAAAAUGUAUUUCUUCUUCUACCCUUUUCUAUGAAUUUAUAAUAAUGCAGAGGUUUGCAUUAUUAAAUUUCUUUUUUAAUUUUAAUUUCUGUCAACUCAAUAUCACGGUCAUUCAGUAGAAAGGAAAUACCCGAUACCAAAAAUUGUGGUCUACUAUUUCAAUAUUAUUAUUUGAUGUCUGAACAAUGUUCAUCCAUGCCAAUGCUACUUUAAUGUUACGAUUUUGGCACCUCUUGAAUCUGUAGUUUAUUCCCAUGCAUUCAUCUUGACAUCGUCAUCAUGGAAAUUUUUGAAACCUAAAUACGCACAUAUUUCACUUAUAAUUGACUGACGAAAUCGGCAGUUUAGGAUACGGGAUUGCUUUUUGCAAGUUGAAUUCAGUAUUAAAUAUUUUCCUGUAAAUCCACAUUUUAACAAAGGAUUUGAUUAUUUUCCUCACAUUUCUCUACAUACAGGUUAUACAUUUUACGAAUAUCUAAAUCAGGACUCAAAUAUUUUCAACCAGGAGUGUGAUGGACUCUGGUGGGAAUCUUGAAAUAUGUUCUCGUACUGUUUUUAUCUUAAUUUCAUCUGUUUUUUGCGGAGAUACAUUCAUCCUCCACCGACGAUAAGUUCCAGAUGUUUUAACAUUUGGAGCACGAGGUGUCUAAAAAAAUUCCCGCAAACAAAUACUUUUGACUUAUUACUCUUUCACAGAAAAUACAUAAUAAUGUUUAUUUAUCAGAAAUAUUACAAAUUAUUUCAAUGUUCAAUAAUCAAUAUUCAUUCAUUUUUAUCUUACAAUAAUUUGAAGUAUAAAGAGAACAAUGAAAAGGAAAGAAAACGUUGUUGGCCCAUUGACUUUUAGGAAUAUUUUAACUUUACUAUAACUUUUCAACACUCAAUAAUACAAAAUCUAAUCAUGUUUUACACAGAUAUAAAUUUUGGGCUUCAAAAUCUUUCAGUUUCCAAAAAUUAGCAAAAUUAUUUUCUUUCAUUAUAUCCUACGCGAUUUAAACAUUCUUUUGAUUAAAAGCAAUCUUUAUUCUAAAACAUUUUGGCACUCACAAGUUUCGAUUUUUUUUUUGUAUAUUCUUCGCCAUUAUUUCUCAAGUAUUUUGAUAUUUUGUGCGCAACUAUCUGCAUUUCUUGUCCGUUUUCUUUUCUAUUUGCACCAUUUAUAUUAUUUUACUUGCACCAUUUCUGGGGUCUCUAAAUUUACAGUGAAGUCUUGGUACGAUUCCUCUGAAGAUGUCAAUUGCCUUAUUCUUAUACAAUUUCCAUACGAAUAAUAAUUAACUUAAUAAGUAAGUAUACCUGAACCGCUAUCUGUUGACAAAAUGGUAAAAUAUGUAAAUUAUUUGCCGCCAAUAAUUAGCACAACUGAAUUAUAUUGUUAGAUGAACCGAAAAGAAUAGGGUACUUGCAUUUUUUUAAAAGUAUUUAUAUUUUUGUUUAUUUUAUAAGUUCUUGAAAUAAUGUCAAAAAAUAAAAUAUUUAAUCAAAAGUGAUAAAAAACGAGGUUAUUGUUGCAGGUAACGUAGCGUGUGCUGUUAUAAUACAGUUUUUAUUAAUUAGUUACGUAUAAAUGAAACAUUUUUCUAUAUAUAAGAAUAAAGUUAAUAAAUCUUUUAGGUUAAGCUCAUACAUUAUUACAUAAUCACGUUAAAAAUUAAGAGUAGAAUAAACUUAAUUACUAUAAAAUAUUAAAAUAAGUUAAAUUUGAAUCUUAGCUACAUUAAAAUGAUCCUGGCAACAAAAAUAAUUUCGUGUUUUGGUCGUGGUCUUUUUAUAUCCUGGUAGAAAACACGAUUUAUAUACCAUUUUUCUAAUGAACCAAAGUUCAAUAAUAACGCUUUUUUUAGAAUAACCGAGAAAAUAACUGUCGUAUUUACUUUGUAUCAUAUAUUGAGUGUUUAUUUUAUAUCUAUGACGUAACGCAAUAUGGCGGCCUUACUAAAAAGUUUAAACUACCUACAAAAUUUUUGUAUUUUCAAUAAUUUUUUUUCUCUAUAAAUAUUGAUCAAAGAAUUAAAAAAUAUAUAUAAUAAGUUAUAUAUAGAAAACUAUUUUUCCUAAAACAAUGCAAAUACUCUAUUGUUAUUAUUAUUUGAUUGUAAUUUUUUAUCGGCUUAUUAUGUAGUUUAGAAAUCCGUCAAACAGUUCGCCACACGCCUUUUCAAAGUUGUAUUUAUAUAAUUUUUUUACUUAGACCGCCUUCAUAAUUAACACUACUAAAUAAAUUCCGUAUAACGUUGAAAUUACUACCGCUAUCUGAAGGUUCAUUUUUAACAAUAUCGUGAUAAUUACAUUGAAUAAAUUUAUCAGUAGGUGAUAAAUUCAUUUUUGUUUUAAAUCUUCACUUUGAUCACUUUCAUAAUUAUGGGUACAUAUAUAUCAUCAAUUUUAUUUAUAAUCUUUUGCUAUUGUUUAAAUAUUUUGUGAAAACUAAAAGGUACCUUUUAUUCAUUUACUUAUGUAACAUUUUCAAAAGAUUAUUGUGUCCUUAUUAAAAUAAAAGGUUGGAAUUUGUCCACUUAUGAAAUGUUUAGCCACUGCCAUUUUCAUUUGAUUUUUGUGUUGAAUUAAUCUGUGUUAUAACCAUUAAUAUUUUAAUAAUAUAAAAAUUUGUCGUCAAUUAUUAAUCUUAGUCUAGUAAGUAAUUGAUAACAUGAAAUUAUGGAUUUGAUAGUUCCUUUUAGAUUAUAUUAUAUCAACUGAAAUUAGAGGUUGUGAAUAAAAGCUGUUUCAUUAAUAGUUAAUGGCCUAAAGUAUUUCUUAGUAUGAAAAAUAUAUUUGUAAAUAUGAAGUAAACAGGUUCGAGUUAUUAUAUUUCAUUAUUCAUGCUUUUCCUAACGAUUAAUGUAUUUGGUUGAUUUAGUAUUCACUAUAUAUGACAGUCUCUAGAGUUUUGUGAAAAUCAUUGGCGUAAGAUACAGUAGAUUGUUUUUGAGAGUCGUUUUGGCUUUACAUCCACUCAGCACCUAUACCUAGAAGAUAUUUUGUACAAGACUCUACAACUUAUCGUUUUGCUUCACAAAGAAUGCUAUUUUUUGGAAUUUUUCAGUCCUAGGUGUUAGAACAAUUCCUUCAAGGUACUUAACCCGGCGUUACAUAGGUCUGUGAAACCCCAUUUUCCAAAUUUUAAUAUUUCCUUUGACUUAAAAUUUUCCAAUAUUUUACACUUUUAUAUACUUGAGCAAUCGUCUGGAAAACAAAACAACAUGAAAAAAUACUUUAUCAAAAAUUUAUUUAAAAAAACUAAAUAAAAGAACCAUGUGCAUUUUGUCCUGCUAAAAAACACAUUUUUUUCUAAACAUCUGUUAAACAAAAAUAAAAAAUCUAGCUCUAAAAAAUGUUUAAAAAACAAUUGUGUAACAACAAGGGAGCAAAAAGAAAAUUCAUAAAUAUAUUUGAGAGAUACAUGCAAGUCAUUACUCCUUGUCUGAAUUAACAAUUUUCAGACCUCAGUACUGCAUGCUACACGCAUAAUUAUGAGUGGCAGCGUCCACAGGAGUAUUUGGUUUUGUGAUCUAGACUUCUUGCGAAUACCUUCCUAUAACCUUUGAAACAUUGGCAGGUCCAACUUCAUCGUUAUUUUUGCCGAAAUUUUUAAUUUUCUGACGAAUAUUUCCGAGUAUCCUCGGAUUAUUCUUCCUAUCAUUAAUCUGUCCUUGGAUCAGUUGUAGGCCCAACAUUUUGAUAAAAAUCCUUCUCAAAAGUUUGUAAUGUUUCUUCGAAUGAAAUUAGCCAUAUACUGAUCUUCCCUCUCUGAAGUUCCAAACUGACUUCUUCUACAAAAUUCUGAAUAUUUUCACACAAAAACAAGUUUUUGCUUCCUAAUUGCUUUUAUUUGUAUGAUAAGAUAAGAAGGUAUUUGUAAACAAAAAAUGCUGAAAUUAAAAUAAACAUGUAACAAAUAAACAAGGGGGGCCAAGACUUUUGGAGGUGUGUAUAUUUUAGCGAAAUGGGCAGGACAUUCGCAGAAUAGAGGCUCAGCUGUUACCACCUUGCAAUAGCAAGGAAUAAAGUUGUUAUGGAUACACAGCUUGUGCUUUUGUUUGUAAAAUUUGUUUUAUGAUUCCAAAUUUGCAGUGGUUUUAUCAUUUUAAUACAAAAGGUGAAAUGAAGUCACAUAAUUUGAGUUGCUAAGACAUAUAAGACAAGACUUAUUGAUGUAACAAAUAUUUCAGUAUCAUUGUAAACUCGAAAUUUAGUGCGCCUCGAAAAUAACAAACUUCUGAAAAUUAAAAAAAAGUCUAACGCCAAUGGGCUAAAAUUAUUUCUGGAAAACUUAUAUAUUCUUGAAGUUUGCAUUCUUUAUAAAGCAUAUCAAUAAAAAUACAGGGUAUAUAAAAAUUACUUACUAAUUUUAGAAAAUAAUUAUGUUGUUUUGAAAUCAGUUCAAUUGUCUCCCUGUGCCCUGAUCAUUCCUUGAUAUUUUCGAGGUGGUCAUUAAAUCCAGGCUCAAAUUGCACAAAGGUGAAUAUGGUGCCACAUGCGGCUGCUGAAAGUCUGUUAUGUAUUGAGCAGCUUCCUGAAUCAUAACCAACUUUGAGAUUUUUGGCUGAUUCCCAAGCUAAUGCCACCUCACACUUCCUAUAAUUUCUUCCUAAUUUACAGAUUUGCCGCUUGUAGGCUAUUCUUCUUCUGCUGCCUUUAAUUACCUCUGAAAUUUGAUGCCUUAGUUCACAAUUAGAGAAAAUAUAGAGACGCUUAAAUAUUUAGUAUACGGCAUAUAAUCCUAUAUUUCAAUUUUUAUUGAAUUAAAUUUUCUCUAAAAAUUUCAAAACUUGUCUUCAUCGUGUCAACAAUAUUUUUUUUACAUCUAAGUCGAAAUAAAAAAUUUUUUAACAAAAUUUGCCGCAGACAAAUUAAUUCUAUAGGGCUUGUAAUAAAGCAAUUAUGAUGUCAAAAAUAGCGCCAGAGCUUUGAAAUCAGUAGAUUGUGACGUCGAAGUACUACUUGCCUGGGGUCAUUACAAAUUAUAAUGUCUCAAAACAAAAAUCAAAGGGGUCAAUUUGAAAAUUUGAUGCAGUUAAGUUUUUGAAUUUUGAAUAAAUGUGUUUCAAUUUUCGCAGUGUAUAUGAAUCGAAUAUUAAUCACAUCAUUUCUCUUUUUCUCUUACUAUUAUUGUUUGCCAUAGAAAAAAAAUUCCAAUACACUUAAACCUCGUAAUGUAAUAUACUUCAUUUUACCCCUUUGUAUUUUGAAAACUUUUCUCUUAUAGUUAAAAUCAAGUUAUUCUUACAUACAGUUAAGCUUGAAACUGAUUUAGUAUGAAAGGAUCAAAUUAUUCAGAAUUAGAUUCUCAAAAUAACCUUCUAAUAUUCUAAAAUUUGAGUUUCCGAAAAAAUUUAUUGCCAGAAAAUUCAAAUUUUUGGUUUUGAAGGAACUAUCACCUCACUUAUAUGGAGUUAUCAUUAAUAAAAUUGUUAAAAUAAAUAAACUAUUUUACAACUAUUAAUGUUUUUUUUUUGUUUAUUUUCAUAUUUUAUAUCAUAAAGAUAAAAACAAUUAUUUUACUUAAUUCACAAGGAAUGAAAUUAAUAAUGCAGGGUAAAUCUAUAAGAACAUUAUUUUGUGUAAAUUAUAAACUCCAACAUUACAUAAAUUAUGGGAAAAUUUUGAAUAAUUUAUUUGAUUCCACGAAACUGUUUACUGUUUAAGUUGUUAGUUGAAUUAAAAGAAACUAUCAAUGAAAUCAUAUUAUAAUCUUUAUAUGUUAACUGUUGUGAAGAAAUUAAUAUAUAUUAAAAAUGUUUGUUUUUACGAAAAUGUAUCAUAUCAAGUAGCUAUAAAGGCAGCUAUCAUUUUGGUGGUAAUGCUACAGUUCGGCGAUUAAAUAAAAUUAACGGUGAUUAUGUAUAAUCACCACUGAAUUUGGUAAAUAUGAUAAAUUAUUUAAUAUUUAUAAAAUUUACCGAUUAGUUUAUGAAAACUCCAAUUCGUAAUAUAAAUCAGAUUUUUUUGAUUUAAAUCGGCCCCUGCUUAUUGGGCCAGUAGAAUAGAGUUUUUUGAGUAGUUACUGCUACUAUAGUACAAAUGAAAUAAGAAAUUCAAAUAAAAAUUCAAACAAUUGAUUGUUAAUCGUAUACUUGAGUUUAUGUUAACUAAAAUUGGUAGAUUGCUUGAAAUUGGUUCAAGAUUGUGACAAAAGCGGAUAAUCAAAAUAACAAAUUACAACUCGCAAUCUUACCAAUGUUUAAACACUAUUACUUUGAAAGUAAUAUUUAAAAUUAGAAUAAUUUUUAAAAAAUAUUCUUUAGUUUACGUUAAAUUUUGAAAUACGGACUAUAUUUUUUAUCAGUUGAUUCCUUUUCGCCCAUAGGAGCAAUGGGUAAGAUGGGAAAAUCAUUUUUUUCUCUUUUUAGCACAUAUCUAAAAAAAUAAAAAUGAAGGGGACCUAGCUAUAAUAGAAUAAAAAAUAAUAACCUGUUCAUUAUAUUAAAUUAAUUAUUUAUUACAAAAAAUUUAAUCAUUACCAGAACUAGAGGAAAACAAUCUAGAUCAUCAUCAUCCUCUUGAAACUUCUCGUUGCCUCCAUGGACCCCGAUUCACCAUAAAUUUAAAAUUAUCUAGCGCGUCAUCAGAGAGAUUCUCUUCUUGUAUGAGUUCACGCUAAUGUUUUUUUUGUAUGUCUACAAAUACUAGACCAUUCCUGUGCCGUCACAACCGCACAUUUUUGCCUAGAAAGCGCCUCUACGUCCGCCAACCUAAAUGUUGUGUUGUGCGCCGCUACCCAGUUUUUUACUAACGCCCAAACUUUUUUUUUCAUUUCUUCGCCUCAACUUUUUGAGCUAAUUUUUUGAUAAGUAGAUUGGGGCACAUCUGUAGCAGCUAGUGUCCUUUCUCUGCAAUAUUAUUCCAUAUUUUUUAGAAAAAGUAUUGUAAAGUGUAAAAUAUGCUAAUAUAAAACUUAAAACAACUCUUGAUAGCUUAGGUUUGCUAUUAAAAAAGCGCAAAAUAUACUAAAAUCAGUUUUAAAAGGACACUUAAGUUGGCCAAGUUGUAGUGGCAAAGUGCCCUGUUUUUCUUUAGAAAGCAAGUAAAAAGGAAAAUAGGUAAUACAUUUUAUGGUUUCAACCUCACAUUUAAUUACUCCAUGCAAAAAGGUCUUAUUAUUUAAAAAAUCUAGAUGUUUACCUGUAAUUUUUUGAAGGAAUUGUAAUUCCUUCCUCUGCUUCUUUUUUCAUAAAGUUACUAACGUUAUGUACAAUUUCUCCUAUAAUUUAAACCGAAAAAACAGGACGAGUAAACAACCUGCAAUACAUAUAUACCCCUUCCCGAAUUUAUUAGUGAAAUCGGGCAACAUCGGAAAAAGACUGCCAAUAAUAAAGUAUCCAUGUAAACGAGACCGCUUCUGUUCAACUUUUAAUUUAAACCAUGCAAAAACCGCACACGCUGCCACUUCAUUUAGCAAAACUUGUUCUACAUAAUAAUAAUACGGAAAACUAGUAAACAUGCCAAUGUAGUAAAAAUACAGUGCCCAAAAGGGAUGAAGAUAUUCUCACGCUCUUUGUACUCUUUGAUUUGAUUUGUAGGGGAAGUUGGGGCAAAGUGGUCACCUUAACAAAGCCUUCCUAUAAAUAUUUUUUUAGUAACUGAGAGAGUAUUUUGGAUGACUGAAGUCUCUUCUUCCAUGAUUUAGCUGUUGUUUUCCGACAUAUCCAGUGAUUCUAGACCAGAGCUAUGAAUUUAUAGAAGAAAAAGUGAGUUAAUGCAAAAUAUCCGCUUUGCCCCAUAUAUGGGACAAAGAGGAUACGUACAUCGGGGGGCAAAGUGGAAAGUAAUUACCAGAUGAAAGAAAACACUUUUCGUACACAAGAGUUUAAUACAAAAACAAAUAACACUUCAUUGUUGUGAUGAAAACAGCGAAAACGACAUUUUAACAAUUUUGAGCAUUAUGUAUCAAAGAAAACCUUAAAAGAUUGUAGGCUUUUUACUAUGAAGCACCACUUAUUAUUGAAAUGAAAGAAAAAUAAA